UCGUUGGUCCACACCAUGGCCACCUGCUGGCAGGGCCUGUGGGCCUAUCGUUCCUACCUGAUUGUGUUGUUCCUGCCCAUUUUCCUGCUGCCUCUGCCCAUCCUCGUGCCUACCAAGGAAGCCUACUGCGCCUAUGCCAUUAUCAUCAUGGCUCUGUUCUGGUGCAUGGAGGCUCUGCCUCUGGCUGUCACUGCCCUCUUCCCCAUCGUCCUGUUCCCCAUGAUGGGCAUCAUGGAUGCUUCUGAGGUCUGCAUCGAAUACCUGAAAGACACCAACAUCCUGUUCAUCGGGGGACUGCUGGUGGCCAUCGCCGUGGAGCACUGGAAUCUGCACAAACGCAUUGCCCUCCGUGUGCUCCUCAUCAUCGGGGUGCGGCCUGCCCUGCUGAUCCUGGGCUUCAUGAUAGUCACAGCCUUCCUGUCCAUGUGGAUCAGCAACACAGCCACCACAGCCAUGAUGGUGCCCAUUGCUCAUGCUGUCCUGGAGCAGCUACACAGCAAGGACAUUGAAGAGGGCAGCGACAACCCCACCUUCGAGCUCCAGGAACCAAAUCCUCAGAAGGAGGAAACAAAGCUUGAUAAUGGGCAAGUCCUCCCGACCCUGCCUGCUCCUUCUGAGCCACAGGCACAUCAGAACCAGGAGCAGAUCCGCUUCACCCAGGGCAUGAGCUUGUGUGUAUGCUACUCGGCCAGCAUCGGGGGCAUAGCCACGUUGACCGGCACCACACCCAACCUGGUGCUGCAAGGCCAGAUCAACUCGCUUUUCUCUGACAAUGGCAACGUGGUGAACUUUGCCUCCUGGUUUGGCUUUGCAUUCCCUGCCAUGAUCAUCCUGCUGCUACUGGCCUGGCUAUGGCUGCAGAUACUCUUCCUGGGAUUUAACUUCCGGAAGAACUUUGGCAUUGGGGGAGAGGCACGGGAGCAAGAACAGGCAGCCUUCCGUGUCAUCCAGACAGAACACAAACUGCUGGGUCCCAUGACUUUUGCAGAAAAAGCUGUUACUUUCCUCUUUAUCACCCUGGUGCUGCUCUGGUUCACUCGGGAACCAGGCUUUUUCCUUGGCUGGGGCAACCUGGCAUUUCCCAACAAAGAUGGGGAAAGCAUGUUGUCUGAUGGCACAGUGGCCAUCUUCAUCAGCAUAAUUAUGUUCAUCGUGCCCUCCAAGAUCCCAGGGCUGACCCAGGACCCAGAAAAUCCCAGGAAGCUGAAGGCCCCUCCUGCUCUCCUCAACUGGAAGACAGUGAAUGAGAAGAUGCCUUGGAAUAUCGUGUUCUUGCUGGGAGGUGGCUUUGCCCUAGCCAAAGGGAGUGAGCGCUCAGGCCUGUCAGAAUGGCUGGGGGACAAACUGACCCCACUGCAGACGGUACCAGCUCCCGCCAUCGCCUUCAUUCUCUGCCUCCUGGUGGCCACCUUCACUGAGUGCACCAGCAACGUGGCCACCACCACGCUCUUCCUGCCCAUCCUGGCCUCCAUGGCUCGGGCCAUCUGCCUCCACCCACUCUAUGUCAUGCUGCCCUGCACUCUGGCGGCCUCCCUAGCCUUCAUGCUGCCCGUGGCCACCCCACCCAAUGCCAUUGUCUUCUCUUUCGGGGGCCUCAAAGUGUCAGAUAUGGCCCGGACGGGAUUUCUACUCAACGUCAUCGGAGUGCUGGUCAUCACACUAGCUAUCAACAGCUGGGGCUACCCCAUCUUCCAGCUGGGCACCUUCCCCUCCUGGGCCCACAUUGACAACACCACAGCCCACUGCCAGUCCAACUUUGUCCCCAACUUCACAACCCCUCAGCCCUAG